AUAUGGAGGUGUUGACGUUACUUGAGAUCACGGCUGUUCUGUGGGUGACGUAUUUGGUGGUGACUUGGUGGCUGGAGAGAGGACGUCUGUCACAGCUGACCGACAAGACCGUCCUGAUCACGGGGUGUGACACCGGCUUCGGGAACCUCCUGGCCCGGCGGCUGGACCAGCUCGGCCUGCGGGUGUUCGCGGGCUGUCUGACCGAGGCCGGCGUGGCGGAGUUACGGCAGGCCUGCUCCGAACGGCUGCAGCCGAUCCAGAUGGACGUCACCAAAACGGACAGCGUACAGGAUGCCUUCAGAUUGGUGGAGCAAGCUGUGGGGAGUAAAGGUUUAAGCAAGACCUGUUUGUGGGGGCUGGUGAACAACGCAGGUAUUCUGGGUGUUAUGGGAGGAACUAUGGAAUGGGCUACCCUGGAAGAUUAUCAGGCCGUCCUGAGCGUGAACUUGCUGGGGAUGAUUGACGUCACCAAGACAUUUCUCCCGCUUAUCAAGAAAUCACGUGGCCGGAUCGUCAACGUCGCAAGUGGUGUUGGGAGACUGGCCAUGCCACAAGGCGCACCUUACACCGUGUCUAAAUAUGGCGUGGAGGCGUUUUCUGACUGCCUGAGACGGGCUAUGAGAUGCUUUGGCAUCAAAGUCCACAUCAUCGAGCCUGGGUUCUUCCGGACCCCAAUCAACAACCAGGAGAACCUCCUGCGUCGCCUAGACCAGACCUGGCAGCGGCAGAGUCCGGAGACCAAGACUGAGUACGGAGAGGAGUUCCUACAAGCCGCGAAGGACGGUAUAGUGGCUUCAGAACGUUUCAUGGAAGAUCCGGUUCUCGUUGUGGACGCGAUGGAUCACGCGCUCUGCGCUACCCACCCCCGGAGCCGUUACGUGGUUGGUUGGGACGUCCGUUUCAUGUUUAUGCCGAUCUCCUGGCUGCCAACAGACCUGGGCGAUCUGGCCUUACGGCUUGUGGAACCGGAAACCGCACUUACGCCGGUCUGUUGUAAAGAUGGAAAAUAGUUACACAGUAACUUUAGCAUACAGUCAGAAGUAGGAUAUGGUUUUGAAAGUUCAUCUGUGUUGGUAGUUACAUGUUUAGAGUUAAAACUUUUGGUCCAACACAAAAGAGUUCUCUCACUUAGAGCUUUCGACCAGUCACUCUGGUCUUCCACAAGUAGACUGACCCAGUGGAGCUUGUCACGUGGCUUCUUUGAAGUGUGACGUAUAUGGCCUCCUUCACCCCUCUCAAGAAACAGUCUUGUUCUGGUUUUGAAACAAGUUUACAUCGUCAAAAUCUUUAUCAUGUACAUCACAUAAGGUCGACAGAGAGACUGUGAGACGACAUUCAAUGGAUUUCACAUUAGUUUGCUGAGAUCUGGUGUUCUCCAAAGUGUCUGUGACAACUUAUUAUACACUAGUAUAGCAAGUAGUCUAUCUGAAGCAUUUUAACAGUACAAGGAGGGUAAUUCGACAUGUGCGACGACAGAAAACAUAAAAACGCAAGCGAUCGCGAUUUUGUUUCUCCAAAGAAGGUACCCAAGAUGGUGAUUUAAAUGUCAAUAAAGUCAAUGUUUAGCGUUUAGGGUUGCUGUACUUUUCCUACCUUCGUAUCCAUUGGUUAAGAUUAAUCCAAACAACUCAGUGCAAUCAGACGUUAGAUGACUUUGAGUUGGCAACCUGCAUAUGUACUGUACACUAAUGUUGGGCACCGACUGUGAUAGAUCUUCCAAGAACUGAACAAUUUAGCUGUCAAUUGUGACACUAUGUAAUUCAUACUGAGAAAAUGCAGCAUUUUUUUCUCCUUGACAUGUACAUAUGUUUAACUUUAGCAACAAUGUUGGGCAACAACUGUGAUAGAUCUUCCGAGAACUGAACAAUCUGGCUGUCAAUUGUGACAUUAUGUAAUUCAUGCUGAGAAAAUGCAUCAUUUCUUCUCCUUGAUAUAUGUUUAACUUUAGCAACAAUGCUGGGCAUUGAACAUGAUAGAUCUACAAAGAACUGAACAAUCUGACUGUCAAUUGUGACACUAUGUAAUUCAUACAGAGCAAAUGCGGCAUUUCUUCUCUUUGACACGUGUUUAACUUUAGCAACAAUGCUGGGCAUUGACUGUGAUAAAUCUACCAAGAACUGAACACGACAUGUUCACCUGACCCGGAACUGAACCCUGCAAAGGUGUAACCUUACGUAAUAAGUACCCUGGCAUGAGGCGGUUUAAGGCAGACUAUCGCAGGUGGUACAUAUUAACCUGUAGGUGGUGAAAGCCAAGUCUCUGUCUUCCACGUCCGCAGUAUAAAUUCUUCACAGACAGUGAGACAAAACGGUCAGAGACAACGUCGAAAUUCUCUUUCCGUGGACGAA